AUGCGUUUCACAACCAUCGUCACGGUCUCGUCCUUUGCCCUCGUGGGCAGCGCUGCCCCGGCCAAAGCCCCAGCCCCGUCCUCGUCGGCCAGUCUGUCCCUCCCUAGCGGCUUGCCCAAGCUGGACAGCCUGAACAAAUCUGCUUCCCCAUCUGGCGUCGUCAAGGUGCCUACUGCUUCUGCUGCGCCUUCUCUCGAGUUCUCGUCCGACAGGUCCGGCGGUCCACUAAGGAUCCGCCAGGCGGACGACUUGUUCGACGGCAUUCUCAACUACGGCAAGGGCGCCCUGAAUAAGGAUGACAAGAAGAAGGAGGACGACAAGAAAGAGAAGACAAAAGAGGAUGACAAGAAGGAGGAGAAGCCCAAGGAAAACAACGAGGGUGACCAUGACGACGACCACCACCACGGCAGGCCUCCCCAUGGCGGUGAAUCCGGCGAGGGUGAUGAGUCUCAGGGAGGUCCAGGCGGCGAGUCUAACGCCGGUGGCGAGGGUCCUCAGGGCGGCAAUGGUCCUCAAGGCGGCAAUGGUCCUCAGGGUGGCAAUGGCCCUCAGGGUGGCAAUGGCCCUCAGGGCGGCAAUGGCCCUCAGGGCGGCAGUGGUCCCCAGGGCGGCGAGACUCCUUCUGGAGGCGAGGCUACCCACGAGGCUGGAGAGGCCCCUCAAGAGGGAGGUGAGACCCAAGAGGGUGCUCAGACUCCCUCUGGCGGUAGCCAGACUCCUUCUAAUGGCGAGGCCCCUCAACAGGGCGGUCAGCCCCAAGAGCAAGGUUACCAGUACAAGCGUCAAGCUCAGGAGUCUUCCAAGGGCCAUGAGGGUAGCCACAAGGGUGAUCACGGCUUCAAGUACAAGAUCCUCGAAGACAAGCGUCAGGCCCAAGAAUCCUCCGAGGGUGGUGAGCACAAGGGCAAGGGCGACCACCACGGCCACGGUUUUGACUACAAGAUUUUCAACGACAAGCGCCAGGCCCAAGAAUCCUCCGAGGGCGGUGAGCACAAGGGCAAGGGCGACGACCAUGGCUUCAAGUACAAGAUCCUCGGAGACAAGCGUCAGACCCACGAGUCUUCCAAGGGCGGCAAGCACGGCCACGGCUUUGACUACAAGAUUUUCAACGACAAGCGCCAGUUUGAGGCUAUCACCGACAUUGUUAACCCCAAGAAGGAAGAGCCCAAGAAGGAGGAGCCCAAGAAGGAGGAUGCCGCUCAAGACAACCAGCAAGAGAAUGGCCAUGAAGAAAACACCCAUCAAGAGAAGCGCCAGAACAUUGACCGACUCACAGUCAACGUUUGCUCAGCGACAAGCGGCAACGCCAAUUGCGAAAGGCUCUGCGGUCUUGCCCAGGCUGAUGGUGUUUGCGAGAAGAGCAAGACUGGCAAGUGGUCUUGUGAGUGCAAGGGUGGAAUGAGCGAGCAGGCCAACGAGGAAGACGGCGGCAGCGGCGGCAACACCAGCAGCGGCGGCAGCGACGACGAGUAA